AAACACAUGGCAGUGGUCAUUGUGUGAUGGUGUGUGUAGAGUGUGCUGUGUAAAAAUCACAAUAAAUCACUCAACGCAGAUAAAUUCCGCAUAAAUUUAUAAAGCUUUUUCUUUGGUAGAAACUAUUUCAACUCUAAUCUAAAUCAUGACAGAUUCUGUCGAAGAGAAUGACACUGUAACCAGGACGAAGUGUUCAUUUUCAAGUCUCGGUCUUCACAACUGGCUGAGUGAUCAGUGUAAAUCAAUGGGAAUCUCCAAACCUACUCCAGUGCAACAACAUUGUAUUCCACCAAUUUUAAGAGGGCAAGAUUGCAUUGGUUGUGCCAAAACAGGAAGCGGUAAGACAGCAGCCUUUGCUCUUCCCAUACUACAGAAGCUGAGUGAGGACCCAUAUGGGAUAUUCUGCCUAGUCAUAACACCUACAAGAGAGUUGGCUUUUCAGAUUGGUGAUCAGUUUCGUGUCUUGGGCAAGCCCAUCGGAGUGAAGGACUCUGUUGUAAUAGGAGGAUUUGAUAUGGUUAGACAAGGACUAGAGCUAUCCAAAAAGCCUCACAUUGUCAUAGCUACCCCAGGAAGACUUGCUGAUCACAUUAAUAGCACGGACACUUGUGACCUCAAGAAUAUCAAGUUCCUUGUUUUGGAUGAAGCAGACAGGUUACUAGAGGGUAACUAUGGUCCUGACUUGGAGGUCAUAUUUGAUGCCAUCCCUGCUAAGCGGCAGACUCUUUUAUUCAGUGCAACUAUUACUGAUACUAUGAAGGAGCUGAGGAAGGUCUCCAUGAACAAACCCUACUACUGGAUCUCUAAAGCUCCUGUUGCCACAGUUGAUGAGCUAGAUCAACGUUACAGCCUAGUACCUGCCCAAGUCAAAGAUGCAUACCUGAUGCAAAUUGUACAUGACUUCUGCACAGAGAAGGAUGAACAAUCUAUUAUUAUAUUCACCAGCACUUGCAAGUAUUGCCAUUCUUUAGCCAUCAUGCUGAGACAGAUGGAUGUACCUUGUGUUGCACUGCACUCAUUAGUAAAACAGAGGACAAGAUUGGCAUCAUUGGCGAUGUUUAAAUCCAACCAGGUGCAUGUUUUGGUGGCAACUGAUGUGGCAAGCAGAGGGCUUGAUAUACCUGCAGUACAACUAGUUAUCAAUCACAACGUUCCUGCUUCACCUAAAGACUAUAUACAUAGAGUUGGAAGGACAGCCAGAGCAGGGAGAGGUGGUAUGGCCAUAACACUGGUGACGCAGUUUGAUGUCCAACUGGUGAAGUCCAUUGAGAAACUCAUUCACACAAAGUUGAUUGAAUACAAAGUGGAUGAGAAGAAAGUCCUACUAAUCCUUAAUGAGGUUGCUCUGGCCAAACGAGAAGCAGAAAUGAAACUUGAGGAGCUUGAAUUUGGGGAGAAGCGAGCAAUCAACAAGAGAAAGCAGAUGAUACUUGAUGGCAAGGAUCCAGAUGAAGAGGAAAGGAAAAAGCGAAAACUUCAGAAGAAAAGACGGAGGGAGCGACAUGAGCUGGAAACAUCUACAUCAACAAAUCCGCAGUCUUGACUUUCUGCAACCAAAACAAGAACUGUGCAGAAUAACACAAGGAACACUAAAACUUAAUCCAAAUCAGGGACAUGGACUUUUCUUUCUUUCAAGUCAGGUGCUAAAAGGGCCAAGUCUGACCUUUUUAGUAAAAUAGAAGCCAUUGUAACCAAAUGGCUGUUCUUGGUAAUUGUCAAAGACCAGUGGUCUCACUUGGUGUAUCCCAUCAUAAGCAUUAAAUAACAAACCUGUGAAA